GAAGCCACGCUCGGCUGUCAGUAGUGUGGGCGCUGCCCGAGGUGCUGACAGGGAGCGGGCGGCCCGCCAUGGCCGCGCUGGACUGGUACGCUCACAAGGCGCUCGGCGACGGCAUCUUCUGGAUCCAGGAGCGCUUCUACGAGUCCGGGAACCGGGCCAACAUCUGGCUGGUGCGCGGCUCCCACCAGGACCUGGUCAUCGACACCGGGCUGGGGCUGCGCAGUCUGCCGGACUACCUCACCUCGUCUGGACUACUCCCGCACGGGCCGGCCGGGGGCGCCGGGCGCAGGCCUCUCAUGGCCCUGGCCACACACGUACACUUCGACCACGCCGGCGGGCUGCACCAGUUCGAGCAGGUGGCCGUGCACCGGCGGGAGGCCGAGGCCCUGAUCCUUGGGGACAACUUCGAGACGGUGACCUGGCUGUCGGACAGCGAGGUGGUGAAGGCCCCGAGCCCGGGCUGGACUGCCAGCCAGUACAAAGUGCAAGCCGUGAAACCCACUCACAUCCUGGAAGAUGGUGAUAUAAUAAGUCUUGGUGACAGACAGCUCACUGUAUUGCAUAUGCCUGGCCAUUCCCGUGGUAGUAUAUGCCUGCAUGACAGAGACCGGAAGAUUCUCUUUAGUGGAGAUGUGGCAUAUGAUGGAUCCAUGAUCGACUGGCUACCAUACAGUAGCAUCCCUGACUAUGUCCGCUCUUGUGAGCAUCUCAAAGAAUUGGUGGGCCGAGGUCUUGUGGAGAAGGUCCUUCCAGGGCAUUUCAAUACAUUUGGUAGUGAACGGCUUCAUCAUUUGGCCUCCAACUAUAUAUCGAAUGCUGGAGUUUGUCACAAAGUUUCCACUUGUGCUGUCAGGUCUUUUGCUGGAUUAGCUCUUCGGGUAACCAACUCUAGGAGAACAACUUAGUCGUAAUGACGUGAACUUAGAAGAAUAAAGAAAAUAAGGAUUUGCUAUGCAAAAGGCUGAAUUAAACCAAAUCUAAUACACACCCUAAUGUGAUGUGUUUAUGGGGGAAGGAACCUGAGAAAAGGCUGGGUCAGUUUUUGUAAUAGGUUUCAGACAAACUUACGGGGCGGUGCCUGAUAAGUGUAAUAUUUCUGCUGGUACCUGAGAUUUUGGGACAUUCUAUAAAGAUUCAAUAGAUGUCCAAUCUCUAGAUAUCUUAGAAUCUGAAUGGCUACCAGUUCGGUAUAGUUGGAUUUUAAAAAGCAUAUACAGGGAAACCGUAAAAAUAAGUGCUUGUGUAGACUGUUCAAUGGGCAAUGAGUCCAGUAUUUACAAUCUAAAGGUCCAAUGCUGAAAGUAUAUUGGGUGGCUUUUGCCUACUUGUACCUCGCAUUAAGGCUGAUCACAUCUUUCUAUAUUCAGUUGCAAAUAUUGACUUUGCUCUGGUAGUGGGAAAUAUUAUUAAAGUAAGUUUUAAGUUGAUCAAUGUUUGAACUUUGAAAAAUUGUGUAAAAAAAAAUCUGAACAAAAGAAAAUAUAUUCAUAACUCUGAAUAUAGGGGGAAAAAUAUUUUUUAUAUAUAUAUUUUAACACAUCAGCCUGAAAGACUUAGAACUGCAAUGUUUUACAUUGCAGCACUAAGUGCAAAAGUGACACAGCACCCAGACCACUUUAAUUAGCUGAAGUGGUCUGGCUGCCUACAGUGUGUUUAAUGGAGAUGUACACAACAUAUGAAGUGUGGAAGCCUGCCUACCCCUGGCUUAUAACGAUGACUGACAAGAAGCAAAGAUGGAGGCACCAAGUUUCAGUUUACAUUUAAGUUGAUUUCUGAACCUAACUUUGUCACACCUCACAAUUACAUUGGGGAUAAGAACAUAUACUUUUAAAAGUAAAAAUUCCCAUUUAAGGUCAAAUGUUCCCAUUGUGUAGGAGCUCUAAAAUGUGUUUUCUCACCCACAAUAUAAUGUAAACUAUUGCUAAAUAUAUUUGUAGAUAAACAUGGAAAAAUUAUGGCUUAUUUAACACGAAUCAAACAGCGUAAUAUAUUUCUGUGUAGCAACUUAUCUGCUGCUCCCUUAAAAAGUAUGUUUCUUAAAGCUUGUAGUUUUAUUUUUAUGAUCUAUGAAUAAUAUUUAACCGUGUUUAGUUGUAAUUGAUUUUGCUUAUUUUGUGUGGUUAUUCUUUGUAUCAAAGAAAUAUUUAUGUAAUGUGCAUAUUUUCAGAAUCAUAAUGUUAGUUAUAUUUGCAUAUUCAGCAAAUGUUUGUGGAUGGUUUGGAGUUUAAAGGAACACUCUACACACAGUCUGCUGUAGUUGUUAUGGUGCCUGUAUUGCCCUG